GCAGAGCGAGCUGCUCGAGCUAAGGUGGAAAAGCAGAGAGCCGAGUUGGCCAGAGAGCUGGAGGAGAUCAGUGAGAGGCUGGAGGAAGCUGGUGGAGCAACAUCUGCCCAGAUUGAGAUGAACAAGAAGAGAGAGGCCGAGUUCCAGAAACUCCGCAGAGACCUUGAAGAGGCUACUCUGCAGCAUGAAUCCACUGCUGCCACACUCAGGAAGAAACAAGCUGACAGUGUGGCUGAUCUGGGAGAGCAGAUAGACAACCUGCAGAGAGUCAAGCAGAAACUGGAGAAGGAGAAGAGUGAGCUCAGACUGGAGCUGGAUGAUGUGGUCUCCAAUAUGGAACACAUUGUGAAGACAAAGACAAAUCUGGAGAAGACAUGCAGGACAGUGGAAGAUCAGAUGAAUGAAUACAAGACCAAAUAUGAAGAGGCUCAUCGCUGCAUUAAUGAUUUCAACAUGCAGAAAGCUAAACUUCAAACAGAAAAUGGUGAGAUCACGAGGCAGCUAGAAGAGAAGGACUCUCUGGUAUCACAACUGACAAGAGGCAAAAUGUCCUACACCCAGCAGAUUGAUGACCUCAAGCGACAACUAGAAGAGGAGACCAAGGUGAAC